AUGACAUCCAAAGAGCUUUCCUUACAAUACGCUCAAAACUUUGUCGAUUUUGUCAAUGAGUCACCUACCCCAUACCAUGCUGUCAAUUCAGUCAAGGAGCUGUUGAAAAAUGCCGGAUUUGAGGAGCUUGUCGAACGCAAUAAUUGGCGUGGAAGAAUUCAAAAGAAUGGAAAAUACUACGUGACGAGAAAUGGUUCCUCCAUAAUUGCAUUCACUGUGGGUGGCAAAUACAAGAAUGGGAAUGGGAUUGCUAUUGUUGGGGCCCACACCGAUAGUCCAUGUUUGAGGAUCAAACCAAUUUCAAAAAAAACCUCCGAGGGGUUCAUUACCGUGGGAGUAGAGCAAUACGGAGGAUUGAUUGCUCACACUUGGUUUGAUAGAGACUUGUCAAUAGCGGGACGAGUCUAUGUCGAUGAAGAUGGCAAGUACGUGCCAAAGUUGUUAAAGAUAAACAAACCUUUGUUGAGAAUACCUACCUUGGCUAUUCAUUUGAAUCGCGAAGUGAAUACUAAAUUUGAAUUCAACAAGGAGACUAAAUUAGUCCCAAUUGCAGGUCAAGUUGCGUUGGAAAGUUGUGCAGAUGAUCCAGAGCUUAAAAUGUCCCCCGAGCAGUUUGAAUCUGUGCAAAAUGUCAUUUCGAGACACAAUCAAUCAUUAAUUGAACUCAUUGCGAAGGAGCUAGGAGUCAAACCACAACAGAUUGAGGAUUUUGAGUUACUUUUGUACGACCACCAAAAGUCAGAAAUUGGUGGAUUGAAUGAUGAAUUCAUAUUUUCAGCAAGAUUGGACAACUUGACCUCGUGCUUUGCUGCCACAGAAUCUUUGAUUGAGUCUGCCGAUGAUUUGGCAAAUCAAAAGGGUAUUCAGUUGAUUAGUUUAUUUGACCAUGAAGAGAUUGGAUCUCGUAGUCUGCAUGGUGCUGACUCAUCUUUUCUCCCUGAUGUGUUACUGCGCUUGACUAGAAUUGACUUUGAAGGGAAUGUAGAUGUGGACUUUUUCCAUGAAGUUAUUUCAAAAUCAUUUUUGCUCUCCUCUGAUCAAGCUCACGGAGUUCAUCCAAACUAUGGGGAAGCUUAUGAAUCGCAAAAUCGUCCACAGAUCAACUUGGGUCCGGUGAUUAAGAUCAACGCUAAUCAAAGAUAUGCAACGAAUUCGCCAGGGGUUGUUUUGUUGAAGAAAGUUGCUGAAAAAGCCAAAGUGCCACUUCAAUUGUUUGUUGUUCGAAACGAUUCACCUUGUGGUUCCACUAUUGGUCCAUUGUUGAGUUCAAAAUUGGGUAUUAGAACUUUGGAUCUUGGUAACCCACAGUUGUCUAUGCAUUCAAUUAGAGAGACUGGAGGGGCCUACGACAUAAUCAAACUCAACGAUUUAUUCAAAUCAUUUUUUGAAAACUAUAUUGACUUAGAAUCAAAAAUCUUAUGUGACCACCUUUAG